AUGGCAAGUGUAGCAAUCAAAUUGGCCAAGGAGAAGGAGGUAUUAGAAGGCCUGGGUUCAAAUGGGAAUGCAGUGAAAUACCUAAAACAAGAUUUUGAGGCUCUGAGGAAGCAGUGUUUACAGUCCGGUACUCUCUUCAAAGAUGAAGAAUUUCCUGCUUGCCCUUCUGCUCUUGGAUAUAGGGAUUUGGGACUUAAUUCUCCCAAGACACAAGGCAUUAUCUGGAAACGGCCUCCGGAGCUAGUCCCCAACCCUCAGUUCAUUGUGGGAGGAGCCACUAGAACAGAUAUUCGUCAAGGUGCUCUGGGAGACUGCUGGCUUUUGGCAGCUAUAGCAUCUCUCACAUUGGAUCAAGAGAUUUUAGACCGGGUUGCUCCUAGAGAUCAGAGCUUCCAGAAGGACUAUGCUGGGAUCUUUCACUUCCAGUUCUGGCAGUAUGGAGAGUGGGUGGAAGUCGUCGUCGAUGACCGGCUUCCCACCAAAAAUGGACAGCUCCUCUUUCUGCACUCAGAAGAAGGCAAUGAGUUCUGGAGUGCCUUGCUGGAGAAGGCCUAUGCCAAGUUGAAUGGCUCCUAUGAGGCACUUACAGGAGGAUCAACUGUAGAAGGCUUUGAAGAUUUUACUGGUGGCAUCUCAGAAUCGUAUGAGCUGAGGAAAGCUCCACCUAACCUGUAUCAAAUCAUCCAGAAGGCCCUGAGAACUGGUUCCCUUUUGGGUUGCUCCAUUGAUAUUACCAGUGCAGCUGAAACUGAAGCAAUCACAAGUAAGAAACUGGUCAAAGGUCACGCUUACUCUGUAACUGGAGCCGAAGAGGUUAAUUACCGUGGCCGGCCGGAGAAACUAGUCAGGAUGAGAAAUCCAUGGGGUGAAGUGGAGUGGACUGGAGCCUGGAGUGAUAAUGCUCCUGAAUGGAAUUAUAUUGACCCCCAGCAAAAAGCUGCCCUGGAUAAGCAAGCGGAUGAUGGUGAAUUUUGGAUGUCCUUCUCCGACUUUCAAAGGCAGUUUACAAGGCUUGAGAUCUGCAACCUGACUCCUGAUACCCUGACAAGUGAUCACAUUCACAAAUGGGCCAUGACAUUGUUCAAUGGAAACUGGCGACGAGGUUCUACAGCUGGUGGCUGCCAGAAUUAUCCAGCAACAUACUGGACCAAUCCCCAGUUUAAAAUUAGCCUGGAUGAGCCAGAUGAUGGCCAUGAAGGAAAUGUGAGUGAACCAUGUUGCACCAUGCUGCUGGGCCUGAUGCAGAAGAAUCGCAGGAGGGAGAAGAAGAUGGGGGAAGGACUGCUCAGUAUUGGCUACUCCAUUUAUCAGGUGCCAAAAGAGUUGAGAAAUCACACUGAUGUUCACCUGAGCAGAGAGUUCUUCUUGACAAACAGGCCCGUGGCUCGCUCCGACACAUACGUCAACUUGCGUGAAGUCUCGAAUCGCUUUCAGCUGCCUCAGGGAGAAUACCUUAUUGUGCCGUCCACCUUUGAGCCUUUCAAAGAUGGGGAGUUCUGCCUCAGAGUCUUCUCUGAGAAGCAGGCCAAAGCUCAAGAAAUUGGUGACACUGUGGCUGCAAACACAUAUGAGCCUCAUGUUGCAGGCAAGGACAUAGACAGCGAGUUCAAGAGCCUGUUUCAAACACUUUCUGGGGAGGAUUGCGAAAUGUCUGCAAAUGAACUUCAGACUAUUUUGAACAGAGUUAUGGCAAAGAGAACAGACAUUAAAAGUGAUGGAUUCAACAUAAACACCUGCAGGGAGAUGAUCAGCCUCUUAGAUAACCAUGGAACUGGUACUUUGGGACUUGUAGAAUUCAAGAUACUUUGGAUGAAGAUUCAGAAAUAUCUGGAAAUCUAUAAGGAAGUGGAUACUGACUAUUCCGGAACCAUAGAUGCACAUGAAAUGAGAAAUGCUCUCAAAGAAGCAGGCUUCACGCUCAACAACAAAGUCCAGCAUAGUAUAGCUAUCCGCUAUGCCUGCAGCAAGCUGACCAUUGACUUUGAUGGCUUCGUGGCCUGCAUGAUUCGCCUAGAGACUCUCUUCAAAAUGUUUCAGACCCUAGACAAGGAUAAACGUGGAAUUGUCCAGCUCUCUCUGGCUGAGUGGCUGUGUUGCACAUUGGUUUAA